AUUCCGGCAAUGAACGUAAACGAUUCUGUCACAAAAUCCAAGUUUGACAAUCUAUACGGAUGCCGUGAGUCGCUUCCCGAUGGAAUCAAGCGAGCAACUGACGUCAUGCUUGCUGGAAAGAUUGCCGUCGUCUGCGGAUAUGGGGAAGUAGGCAAAGGUUGCGCUGCUUCCAUGAGAGCCUUCGGCGCACGAGUCAUUAUCACCGAAAUUGAUCCCAUUUGCGCUCUGCAAGCUGCAAUGGAGGGCUAUGAAGUCACUACUCUUGAAGAAGCUGCUCCCCGUGCCAACAUUGUUGUUACCGCCACCGGAUGCAAGGACGUUGUCUUGGGACGUCACCUGGAGCUUUUGCCUGAUGACGCUAUUGCGUGCAACAUAGGACACUUUGAUGUAGAAGUCGAUGUUAAGUGGCUCAAUGAGAAUGCUGUCAGUAAAGAGAAUGUCAAGCCACAGGUGCGCAUUCAUGGAAUUGGCCCUCAUACUUUUCUUAAUCAUCGUCAGUCUCAUGUUGACCGUUAUCUGCUGAAAAACGGUCGUCAUAUCAUCCUUCUUGCGGAAGGCCGACUUGUGAAUCUCGGAUGUGCUACUGGACACUCAUCAUUCGUGAUGUCAAACUCGUUCACUAACCACGUACUCGCUCAAAUUGAGAUGUUCACGAAAUAUGGAACUGAAAAGCAAUACAAAGUUGGACUUCACAUGCUGCCAAAGAAGUUAGAUGAAGAAGUUGCUGCUCUUCAUCUUCCAAAACUCGGGGUCAAGCUUACCAAGCUUACUGAUGAACAGGCCGCUUACAUUGGAGUUCCCAAAGAUGGACCCUUCAAACCAGACCACUAUAGAUACUGA